AGGAGGGGCGGGGGUAGUCCAGUGAGAGACUCUCCGACAGGCACAGAGGGUGAUUGGGAGAAAAGGAGGCAGCGAGCGGCUUGUCAUGGGGAUCUGAGCUACGACAAGGCAUUAGUAGCAUCUGGGAACUCCGAGGGGUACAGGACGUGUCAACGUCCGGGACCCCGGCGCUUGCUCCGCUGGGGGGAUCCCCGCUGCUCUAGUCCUGGGGAGGGAGGGCAAAAAGGAGGGAGCCCUGAUCUCGCCCCGCCCCUGGGCUUGUUACCGCGGGGGCGGGGAGUGAGGGCUUCUUUUGGGGGGAGUGGAGAUCGGGGGACUCGGCUGUGCCCUCUUGAGCGGCUGCCGGUGUCCCCGCGGCGCCGGGCUGCGGAGCAGAGGAGCCGCGGCGGCCGUGACUGUUGCAUGUGUGGCUGCUGGAUGCGGAGGCGGCGGCGGCGGCGGCGGAGAGGAGCAGCAGCGACGGCAGGAUGUUAGGACAGCAGCAGCAGCAACUCUACUCGUCGGCCGCGCUCCUGACCGGGGAGCGGAGCCGGCUCCUCACCUGCUAUGUGCAGGACUACCUCGAGUGUGUGGAGUCGCUGCCCCACGACAUGCAGAGGAACGUGUCUGUGUUGCGAGAGCUGGACAACAAAUAUCAAGAAACAUUAAAGGAAAUUGAUGAUGUCUAUGAAAAAUAUAAGAAAGAAGAUGAUUCAAACCAGAAAAAACGCCUACAGCAGCAUCUCCAGAGAGCAUUAAUCAAUAGUCAAGAAUUGGGAGAUGAGAAAAUUCAGAUUGUCACACAAAUGCUCGAAUUGGUAGAAAAUCGGGCAAGGCAAAUGGAGCUACAUUCACAGUGUUUUCAAGAUCCUACUGAAAGUGAACGAGCCUCAGAUAAAGCAAAAAUGGAUUCCAACCAACCAGAAAGAUCUUCAAGAAGACCCCGCAGACAGCGAACCAGUGAAAGCCGUGAUUUAUGUCAUAUGACAAAUGGGAUUGAAGACUGUGAUGAUCAGCCACCUAAAGAAAAGAAAUCCAAGUCAGCCAAGAAAAAGAAACGCUCCAAGGCCAAGCAGGAAAGGGAGGCUUCACCUGUUGAGUUUGCAAUAGAUCCUAAUGAACCUACAUACUGUUUAUGUAACCAAGUGUCUUAUGGGGAGAUGAUCGGAUGUGACAAUGAACAGUGUCCAAUUGAAUGGUUUCACUUUUCAUGUGUUUCACUUACCUAUAAACCAAAGGGGAAAUGGUAUUGCCCAAAGUGCAGGGGAGAUAAUGAGAAAACAAUGGACAAAAGUACUGAAAAGACAAAAAAGGAUAGAAGAUCGAGGUAGUAAAGGCCAUCCACAUUUUAAAGAGUUAUUUGUCUUUUAUAUAAUUCUUUCGGAAUUUACUUUCAGAAAAUGUUUUAGGGUAAAUGCAUAAGACUAUGCAAUAAUUUUUAAUCAUUAGUAUUAAUGGCAUAUUAAAAGUUGUUGUACUUUG